AUGACGCCCCCACCACGCCCCGGCAAGCUGAUCGUCCUCAACGGCCUCCCGGCCGCAGGCAAGCUGACGCUCGGGCGCGCCCUCGCGGCCGAGAGCGGCGCCAUCCUGCUCGACAACCACCUGCUCAUCGACCCGGUGGUCGCAGUCAUCCCAGAGAGGGGGGCGGCGCACUACGCCCUGCGGCGUGCGGUCGCCGCGCCUAUCUUUGACGCGCUGCGAGAGCGCCUGCUCGCUGGCUCGAGCGCGCUGCUCACCGCCUGCCUGAGCGACGACGACGUCGGGAGCGGCAUCAUGGCGGAUUAUGUCGCCAUCGCGGGGGCUGAUAUUCCCCUGCUGUGGGUCAACGCCGUCGCGCCUCCUGACGUGCUGCGCGCGCGUGUGGCCAGCGAGGAACGGCGUAGGGGGGAUAAGAGCAAGCUCACAGACGUGGCCGUGCUCGAGACCAUGCUCCAUGUUACCCUUGCGCGGCCUCCUGAGACGCACAACGUCCGCGCUGUGGAGCUCGAUGCUAGCGGGUCGCUCGAAGACUCGGUGCGCCGGCUCACGAAGAUCGCGGGGCUGAGCACCCUGACAUUGUAGCCUUGAAGUGGAGACCCAACCUCGCUCGGUCCAGCCCUUCCCCAGCACCACCGCACCGCCACC